CCAUUGGAGAGUGACUCUGUUUUCUUCACCUCUCUAAUGUCACUCCCAAUUGACCAACAAUCUCCGCCGGCGCCCGGAAUGCAGCAACCUUACGGCGGCUCUGUUGGUCCUGUCAUUGGAGUGCUCGUCGUCAUCAUUGUGUUCGCGGUGGUCGCCGUCGUUGUGGGGCGGCUGUGCUCGGGGAGGAGUAUAAUGGGUUACGGCCAUUUCGACUUGGAGAGAUGGGCGGAGGUCAAAUGCUCGUCUUGUAUUGAUGGAAGGGUUAGCUCGCCGUCGCCGAGGGUUAAUGUCUCCACCGCCGCUGGUUCUCUUCCGGCGGCGACAAUGUCGGUCCAAACCCAGCAAGAUGAACCAGCUUCUCAAAAUCCACCUCCCAACGCUUGAUUAUGAAGAUAACCCAAAAUUUCUGUGUUCUUUUUUUUUUUUUAAAUUGGAAUGAUUGUUUGUUCAAACUCUAAAUUCUAUCGCCAUUUCAUUUUGCUUUGCUCGAUCCAGCUGGCAUUUUUAAUUUUUA